AUGUAUACAAUAUUCAAAAUUAAGAAUUUUGAUGUAGUUGCUGUUGGUUCUGGGCAUCAAGGGUGUUAUGGUUAUCCUUGCCCACCUUUUAAGAUUAUCAUCCUCAAUGAUGCAAAUUCAAUGACCGAAGAUGCACAUAAUGCCUUAUGUCAUACAAUGGAAACCUACUCUGAUACACAGAUGGGGAAAUACUACCACAACAUGUUCCCAAACCAAGAGUAA